UGUUAUUUUAAAUCGGGAUCGACAUCUAAAACUCUUCAUUCAAGAAGAUAGUAAAAGUAUAUGAAACGAAAAUGGAAACAGAACCUGUACAAACUGAAGAGAAAUCUGAUUCUGUGACAGUCACACAAGAAUCACAGCAACCCUCAGAUCCAGGGGGUGAGAACAACAAGAACAAAUCAAACAGUGAGGAAAAUCACACAAACUCAGAUUCCAUAAAACCUAGUGAUCAAGACCCAGUAGAAACUGUAGAAUUUAAAAUUGUGUACAAUAAACAAAAAUAUGAUGUAACAUUUCCAACCAAUGAAACUGUGGCUAAACUGAAGGCUCAUGUUCAAACGUUAACAGGAGUUCCAUCUGCAAUGCAGAAAAUAAUGUUUAAAGGUUUAGCAAAAGAUGAGUCCACGUUAAAAGAUUUAAAAGUAACCAAAGGUGCCAAGAUAAUGGUGGUAGGAUCCACGUUAAAUGAUGUGUUGUCAGUCACUAAACCUUCACCACAGGAACUUCAGGAAACGGCUAAAGCCACAGCCGCCGCGAAGGAACCACUCUCACAACAGAAGGAGCAUAAAAGAGUGUUAGAUAAACAUGGAAAACCAGACGAUGUUCCUGUUGGUAUAAAGAAUGUGAAAGAGCCAUUACCCCAUAUGCCAUUAUCUGGAAUGUACAACAAAUCAGGCGGGAAGGUGCGGUUGACCUUCAAACUGGAGGUUGACCAGAUAUGGCUCGGAACAAAAGAAAGAACUGAAAAAAUUCCAAUGAAUUCCAUAAAAGCUGUUGUGAGUGAAGCUAUUAAAGAUCACGAAGAAUACCAUAUACUGGGUUUACAGCUGGGACCCACGGAGGCCUCGCGGUACUGGAUCUACUGGGUGCCAGCGCAGUACGUGGACGCCAUCAAGGACACUGUUCUAGGAAAGUGGCAGUAUUUCUGACCAGUGCUUGUGUUGUCCGCCAUUAAUCCACAUACCUUUUCUCACAGAGCUCAAUUGUGCUUGAUGAAGGAUAUCAGCAGACAUUGCAUUGCUUAGAAAUGUGCAUAAAAGUUAUAUUCUCCAUGGAUGUGAUAUUUUGGAUGUUAUAAUUGGCAUUAAAUGUUAGUGAUAAAUGGUGAAA